AUGUCACAACCCCUGAGCAAACCAAAGACGCCCUCUAAUCAUGGAUGGCCGUGUACCUGUCAAGUCUGCGUGAGGACCACCGUCGUACACAUGGGCGGCGGCUUUGCGCCGAUGUCCUCAGAGCAGCGCAUCAGUCUUCAACAUCCCUACGCCAGCAAUGCCAUCAACAGAGACGUAAUUGCACUGCAGGCCAUCAAGCCGCGCUCUACUGAGCCUUGGUCAACCUAUCGCAUGAACGACAAUGUCGCUGUAGCAGACCUUGGUAAACACGAUUUUCCAAAGACACGACUUUACCCUGUUGAGAUCAAGGGCCUCCAAGGAACUACUGGUCUGAAGGCGACACGGGGCCCAUCGAAGUUGCCAAAGCCAAUGGAGCGCAUGAGGCAAUUAUCCUGA